UCUGACCUGAAAUGUGGUACUCAGUACUCUGUCACUGUCUGCACUGUGCUGGAAGAUGGAAAGCAAAGCCAACCUGUGUCAACAACCUUUAAUACAAACCCUACUCCUCCAGGAAAUCUUGUUAUAUGGUCUUAUAGUGCGACCUCUGCCAAACUCAUCUGGGGUCAUCCUGAUGGCAUGGAGGACAUCCAGCACCACUUCAGGGUGACUUGGAGUGACAUUGCCAGUCCAAGUGAGUCCUUCACUACCAACGAGAUCUGUGGAAAUGUCACUGGUCUGACACCAGGGACGGAGUACACCAUCACCGUCUGCACCAUUGAUGAGAGAAAUAUGGAGAGUAACUCAGUCUGUACUACCCUACAUACAAAGCUCACUCUCAAACUUUUCAUGCAGAAGUUGGGACUGACACAGCAUUUUGAGGAGAAACUGUCGUUGAAUGACGUGCUUGCAAUCGAUAGCCUAACGUUAGGAAAGAACCAUACGGUAACUCCUCAAUCUCUACCAUGGUGUUUUCUGAAAGAACUGAUGAGGAUGAACGUGUCAGCAAGGGAUGUAAAGUACAUCACCACUGAUAAGGAGGAUCUUAUGAAGGUAAACCCUCUAGAUCUUAUCACAGCCCUGUUUCUGUGCUCAGAUGGUUUUCUACAGCAGGAAAUUGUCCAGAAAAUGUCCAUGUGUCAGUUUGCUGUUCCUCUUCUGCUGCCCAACUGUGACACAAAACAAAGCACGUUGAUGCUGUGGGCUUUGAGUGACAUAGUGAAGAAGUUCAGGCCGUCUUCACCGUCUGACUCAAAGUCCUUCAAAGAGGAGAGAAUAGUUAUCUCCAAUAUUCCUAUGGUGUCCUUUGUUAGGCUAGGGGAAAGCAGCUUGUCCAAGUCUCAGAUCUUGAACAAGUUACUUAGUAAUCCUCAACAGUACCAUGAUACAUUUGUUCAUCAUAAUAUGGAAGGUGGUAAUGUGCCUCGUACGAUCGCAGAUGGCCUAGUUGAAAUCAGCUGGUACUUUCCAUGUGGGAACAGAAAUAUAGACAUGUUCACUAAGCCUGUGUCUGUUGCCAAUCUCAGAGGAGAUAUCAAGUCCUUUGAAACACAGUUCUCCUUUCUGUGUCAAACAUCAGCUGCAGUUUACAUUUUCAGUGAUGAUUUAGAGUCAGAUCUUAAGGUGUUGAAAACUAAAGACAAAAAGGCAGAGUUAUUUCUGGUUGUCAGCUCUCAGAAAAAAACAUUCACAGAAGACACAUUGAGAAAAUUCACCACAGAAUUCGGUAUCAAGCCAACAAAUGUGAUUGUUAAGGAAAAUAAAAAUUAUGCAGAAUUUGUAAUAACCUUGCAGUCAUCUGUUGGUGACAUCAUCGAAACAAGUCCAAACAGAUUGACAAUUGAAAACAUGGUUACUGUGGCUCGUCAGAGUGGGAUUCUGGUUGAUGAAGACUGUGAUGAGUGUCAGAGUGCCAGGAAGACAGCAGAUGAAAUCACCAGGAACAUCACAGACACAAUUCAAUUCAAAGACAAACAGCUACCCUUACAAGGGAAAAUCUGGAAAGAGCUUUCCCAGUUGGAGAAAGAGAGAUGUAGACUGAGAAAACGAGGGGAUCAAGACAUUGAACACUACAAGAGCUCUCUGAAGAAAAAGGAGGAAGAGCUAAGAAAGGAGCAAAAUACAUUUGACAUGUCAGAUGCAAUGGCAAGCUUCAUUUUAGGAAUGUCAAGUUCAGGAGCUGAGCGUUCCUAUUUCCUCAAAUGGAUGCGGAUAAAUCUGGACAAUCUGUCACGUCAGAACCUGUCUGGUUUGCGGGACCGGUACAAAGAUCUUUGCCAACAUUCUCCGGAGAAAAAAGACGACAUUAAAGAUUUGGAUAAGCAAUUAUCUGACUGUUCCUUGGGUCUUGAACACUUCCUGCGUGAGUUGGGCCAGUUAUAUGAAGCUGCCUGCUCCCUCCCUGAAAGUAGCCCUCAAAGGAAACAGAUGGAGCAUCUCCCUGGAUUGUGUGCUCAGAUGCUGUUGGAUGGUUUCCCCAUUGAGCUUGUGGAUGGAGAUGCAUCAAAUAUCCCUCUGAAAUGGAUAUCAGCUGUUCUGACUCAGCUUCAUACUCUUGUGGACUCUAACAGCAAGAUCCGGGUUGUGACAGUUUUAGGGGUCCAAAGCACUGGAAAGUCCACUCUCCUCAACACCAUGUUUGGGGUCCAGUUUGCUGUCAGCAGUGGAAGAUGCACCAGAGGGGCCUUCAUGCUACUGAUUAAAGUCAACAAAGAACUCAAGGAGGAGCUGAAAUGUGACUUCAUCAUGGUGAUUGACACAGAGGGGUUGAAAUCACCAGAGUUGGCUCAACUAGAUGAUAGCUAUGAACAUGACAAUGAACUGGCAACACUGGUGAUAGGACUCAGUGAUGUCACUAUCAUCAACAUCGCCAUGGAGAACAACACAGAGAUGAAAGACGUUCUACAGAUUGUUGUUCAUGCUUUUAUCAGGAUGAAGGAAGUGGGGAAGAAGCCAGUAUGUCAUUUUGUGCACCAAAACGUGUCAGACAUGUCUGCUCAUGACAACAACAUGAGAGACAGGAAGAAGUUGUUGGAACAGUUGAAUGAAAUGACCCAGGCAGCAGCCAGAAUGGAGAAGAAGGACAAUAUCACCAAGUUCACUGAUGUGAUGGAGUAUGAUCCAGACACAAGCAGCUGCUACAUCCCAGGACUCUGGCAUGGGACUCCCCCUAUGGCUCCAGUCAAUUCAGGCUACAGUGAGGCUGUGUACAACUUCAAGAAGAGCUUGGUGGAAGAUUCUUUUAAAUUCCCGAAAAAGGAUGAUUUGACACAUUUCAUGAAGUGGACAGAAAGCUUGUGGGAGUCUGUUAAGUUUGAGAAUUUCAUAUUCAGUUUCAAAAACAGCUUGUUUGCAGAUGCAUACUCCAAAUUGUGCACUGAGUAUAAUGGUUGGGAAUGGGCCUUCCAGAAGGAGAUGGAAUCCUUUAUGUUCUGUGCCGAAAACAAAAUUUCUAAUUUUGGCAUGGCAGGUCUAAGUCCCACAAUGUCCAUAGUAAGGGAUCUGCUGAAGAUAUUGAUGAGGGAAGCCAAUAAAAACCUGGAAGUAGGAGAAAUGAAGAUCCAAGACAAUCUGAUGAAAUACUUUGCAAAGCAAGAUGACCAUGUCAAUCUGGUAGAAAGAUACAAGGAAGGUUUUAAAUCCAGUGCCACCAUGCUGAGACGAGAGACAGAAAACACAGUGAGGAACACUCUAUAUGGAGCUGUUGAGAUCAAAGAAGGAAUGAUUAAAGUGGAUGACAUUAAGCGCUCACAGGCAAAGACCAUGGAGAAGAAGGUGCUGGCUUUGCUGCAAGACUGGAGACAGAAGAACAUUGAUUUAUCAGAUCAGGCCCUCAGAGAAGAGUUUGAAAGAAUGUGGAAUGAAACUUUGUCUGAGAUCAACUUCAAAGGUCUCCCAAGACAAGAUGUGGAUCGCAAUGCCAUCAACAUGUUAAAUCAACAUUUUUCAAGAAGGGGGAGUCAUGUCAAAAGUAUGUUGGAUAGAAACCUGGUGGAUUGUGGAAAGUUUGUUGUAGAAUCAGUUGAUUGGUGGCGAAAGGCUGAAGGUUUUGCAAAGCACGGGGACCAUGGCCAUCAUAGGAAGAAACUACAACUCUUCUGUGACGACAUCAUAACAGAGUGUCAGGAGUUUAUAAAUGAGAAGGUUAAAGGAAAAUCUGAUUAUCAUGACACUUACAUCAAAGACCUGCUGAACAGGAUUGAGGAAACACUGAAAAACCCUGAGACCACUAACGUCAGCGAGGAAUGUGAGUUAUCACUGAAGCUGCACAUCUGUUGCAGAGCAGCCAGCGAGUUUCAGAAGAUGCAUGAAGAUUUCAUUGCAGUCAAUGACCCAAUGAAGUGUCUGGAACAGUCUAAGAGCAAGUACCUUACUGAGUUCAUAGACUUAUUUCAUAACCGAGACCAGUGCCUAAAGAAAGCUGAGGAGUUCUCAAAGCUCUUACGGCCAGCUGUACAGGACUAUGUGACCAAAAUGAUUGGUCCUGAUGUGGUUGAUGAAAUGAAGACAGGUAAAGGGUCACAGGAUUACAGCACACGGGCGUCCUUCCAGUUCUCCAUUUUAAAACAGCUCCUGGUUGAUGGGGAAUAUGAGAAUUAUAGAGAGUACAUUAUUCAUUAUGAAAAGUUUGUGAAGAAGUUUCUAUCAGACCAAAUUGUCGAACGACUGUCUGAGGGACGUCUGGCAGAAUUGGAAAAGAAACAUCUUACAGAGAUAGUCAAUGCAAUUACUGAUGCGAUUUCUGAAGUCAGAAAUACAAUUGACACACAAAAUGGAAGUGAUGUCAAGACCUUCAUUCAGAACAUCUGUAGUGUCCUUGAAGACAAGCUAUCUCUAAAGGAUGCUCUAGAUUCCAUUAUGAUUCUGAAACCUGCAAACACAGAACAGUUUUCUAACUUCCUCAUAGAGUCUGUGAGAAAAAUGGAGCAGUCACUGGCAUCAGAGUAUGAGAGGGGAAGAGAAACCACGUAUGACAAGGUAGGGUCCACCAAAGAGAGACUCCAAUCUCUGCCAUUCAAGCCUCAGGACAAGAUGUUCACCAGUCUGUUUGGCUGCGGCAAGCAAUGUCCUUUCUGCGGUGCACCCUGUGAAGCAGGAGGGAAGGAGCAUGCUGAACACUUUACAUCAAUUCAUCGUCCACAAGGUCUAAAUGGUGUAAAGCUCAUACCUUCAAAUAAGUUAGUAACUAACAUAUGUUCCUCUGAUGUAACCAGUAAUUUAACAUUCAUCACCACUCGUACGGGGGAGAAUGGUCACCCCUUCAAGGACUACCAGAAAUAUUAUACUGACUGGAUCAUAACUGGAGAUUCGAGCAUCAAGGCUUCAGACUACUGGAAGUAUGUGAUGGCCACAUUCAAUGAGAGAAUCGCUAAAGACAGAGACUCAACACUCCCUGCUGAUCUCCCAGAGGACUGGAAGGCAUUAACACGUGAUGAUGCAAUGAAGAGCUUGAAAGAGACUUUCAACAUGAAAUAAAGUGGAGUUCUACUGUAUAUAAUGACUGUUGUUUACCAACAUGUUAACAUAUCAUUUAACAUUCAAAUACUUGACAACCAAAAAGAAUAUUCAAACCAGAAAUAACUCUCAUGACAUGAAUAUACAUAGAAAGGUACUUAACCCUUACAUAGUUGUUGAAAUAAUGGGCAGAUCUGGAAAUACACAGCUGGAUCACAGAAGUCAUAUUUGCAAAUACAUUAAUAAACUAAAUGACAGUUUACAUAUCUGAUGUUCCAUAAUGAAAUAGCUAAUACGGUGAAUUUUAUGUGAAAGGAAUACAAUAUUCUAAUCAGAAAGUACAUCUUUAAAAAUCAUGAUGUUGUAAGAAUUUUUUUUUAAGGGAAUUUAGUAAUCAUACAAAUGCAAGAAAAGUAAACGUGAACACCAACAGGUUAACCAACAUGUCAUGACCGUCCUGACAAAGGAGCCAAGGGGGGGGGCUGCAGUUUUAUGACUUAACAACAGGUUGUAAAUUCCUUGCAGAGACUUUGGGAAAUGGUGUGGGGACUAAAAGAACCAUCAUGUCAAAUUCGUUUUUUAUGUUGUGACAACAUUAAAGACUGUAGAACCACAUAACUGUAUCUCUGAAAGUGUACAUUUUCCAGUUGUCAGGUUUGCCUCUAAUUGUUGUAUAAAACGAAUGAUUAAGUAUAAGAAUACUUUUGAAAAGAUAGAAAUGUGAUUUAUGUCUUUUAAUGAGUUAAUGGUUUUUCAUAUCUGGUGUACAAUAACUAAGCCACGCCCCUAAUGAGGUCAGAAGAGCGGGUCAGUGCUAUGAAACCGCCCUUCUGACCAGAGUGCUUAAAAGGACUCGCUAAGAAUUUACACAUCAGACCAAAGAAUAUGAGGACGGAUGUCCCCACGUUGAAAUGGUGAAUUUCUACUGGACCAGCCAGAGUACAGUGCAAGCUACACGGCUACACGGCAGGAAAUUGUUUAAACUGGUUUAAACUGGUGUGGUAAACAGUUGAUCACAGAUUCAUGAUUAGAAGGCUGCAUGGUUCAGUGGUAAACAGUUGAUCACAGAUUAAUGAUUAGAAGGGCUGCAUGGUUCAGUGGUAAACAGUUGAUCACAGAUUCAUGAUUAGAAGGCUGCAUGGUUCAGUGGUAAACAGUUGGCUUUUGUUUCUGUUAUUUUACGUUUUACAUUUUCAUGUAAUUGCAUUUAGAGAAUAUGCAUGUGUUGUUUCAUACACAGGUAUUACACAUGUAUUGGUCUUCUAAAUAAUUUACUUCAACAAGAAUGAUUACUAAGUAGACUUAAAAUAUAAAUGUUUUUAAUUGAUCACACCUUCUAAUAGUGAUUUGUUCAAUGACGUCAUUGCUUUGAACACAUUAGUUAGGAUAAAGUGUAAUUCAUAAUCAGUGACCAUCAGUAAUGUAACUCUAUUAAUACUCUUCAGGUAUGCUUGAUGUAUAUAGUAUGUUUUGAGGUACUGCACUCUGUGUUGUUUUGUAUGCUAAUGAUUAUGACGGUAUUGAUGAUGAUGAUGAUGAUGUUUAUAUUGAUGAUUGUUUUUGUUGAUAAUGGUGAUUAUAAAUGUGGCUGUUGAUGAAGGUUAUAUUGUUGAUGAGAAUUUUGCUUUUUGGUGUUGAUAAUUAUGUUUUGUUGUUGUUGAUGAUGAUGCCAAUUUUCUCUUUGAGAUUUGUUGAUGUUGGUGAUUUUAUUUUUGUAGUUGAUGAUGUGGGGUUGAACUCUCUAGAGUCUGCAGUGGAUGACUUUCAGUUGGCCAAACUAUCACCAUGAUAAAGACAAAAAAACA